CAAUAGAUGCUGUUGUUGAGUUGGGCUGGGAUUAGCAGGAGGCGAAUGAGUUUCAAUUUUACUGGAUUACAGAACAAAGAAAGGGGAAAGGGACACCCUGCUCUGUGAAGGGGGACACUAAAAGAGAAAUAAACUUGGAAUAAAUACACAAAUAAGACACCACAAAACGUGCCGUCGAGGUGGACAGUGUGAUGAUCCGGAUUAUGAUGUUUUAGCAGAAGCUGCGGCGACAUUGUGGAUGUGAAUUGAGAGCGAUUCUGAUGGAUUAAAACGGGGGAAUAAUAAACCUAUUCCGGGAUUGACAGCAGCAACAAGGCUAUUUAAUCGCUAAUUAAGAGGCCAUGGCUCAGAUGAGGAAGCUGGCAUGCGACGGCAUCAGGGCCAACUCCCGGGGCGAGCUGCAGGUCCCGCUGGUGUCUGCCAGACAGGAGAUCCUCACCAGCCUGGUGUCUGCGCUCGACUCAGUGUGCAUGGCGAUGUCGAAGCUCAACGCAGAGGUUGCGUGCGUCACGAUACACGAGGACAGCGUGAUCGCAGUCGGCACGGAAAAGGGCAGAGUGUUCCUGAACUCCAGGAGGGAAAUCCAGACAGACUUCUACAAGUUUUGCCGGGCGCCAUGUCUUCAAAGUCUGACCACAUCCAACGCCCAUACCAAAGACCAGGAAGGCGAUCACAGCAAACCGAGUAAGGACGGUGAUCACGGGAAACCGAGAGCUCCAUCGGACGCUCAGUCCAACGUCUUUGUUCUGAGGAAGAUGGUAGAGGAAGUCUUCACUGUACUUUACAGUGAGGCUGUGGGGAAGAGCAGCCUGGUCCCUGUGCCUUAUGAGUGGAUCCAGAAGGACCCCGGCUGCGUGGUGGCUAACGGUUUGCCUGACGGAGUCACCCUGAAGAAACCCUCGGAGUACGACACCAAGACCCUGAUGAAGAUCCUGGAGCUGAGCCACAGAAUCCACUUCACAGUCAAACGGCCGGCAGAGGAUUUGUCUCGAGAAUCCAAGCCCAGCUCGGACGUCAAUCACAAUUCCGCCUCCGCCGUCAUGACGCCCGGCGGCCACAGCGCGGGGAAGACCUCUGCGCCGGGGGUCGCGCCAUCAAGUCCCGCCACGUCCAGCAACUCUGUCCUGUCGAGCUUCCUGUACGGCAUGCCCAUGUCCUCCAAACCUCACCCUGAUGGGAAGCUGGAUUUUAAACCCAUGUCCCUCCUCAACCUGGGCAAGGACAGAGCGGCCAACUGGAGCGCAGGGGCCGAGAAGAUGUGCACGUCCAUCAAGGACGAUGAGACCGCGAGGCUAACCGGUGAGCAGGGUCAGAGCCCUCCUGGUAUCCACAUCUCGAAGAGGCUUCUCUUUUCUAUCGUUCACGAAAAGUCAGAAAAAUGGGAUUCUUUCAUCCGGGAAACUGAAGACAUCAACACGCUGAGGGAAUGUGUCCAGAUCUUGUUCAACAGCAGAUAUGCUGAGGCUCUGGGUCUCGAUCACAUGGUGCCUGUUCCCUACCGUAAAAUAGCCUGCGACCCCGGGGCCGUGGAGAUCAUCGGCAUCCCUGACCAGAUCCCCUUCAAGAGACCCUGCACCUACGGAGUCCCCAAACUCAAACGCAUCCUGGACGAGCGUCACGGCAUCCGCUUCAUCGUCAAAAGGAUGUUUGAUGAAAGGAUUUUCACAGCUGCUGGCAAGAUUGCAAGAGAGGAGGGCAAGCAUGACCUGGGCUCCACGCUCGAAGACGGCUUUCCCGACGGUCUGAGCAUCCCGCCCAACGCCGCCGAGCUGGUCAGCAAUCCUCACAGCAGCAGAUCAACAAGUGCAUGUGUGAGCCCCCUGGCUGACUGUGAAGCAGGUCCUUCAGGAGAUUGCAUUCCUUUGAAACGGAUUAAAACGGAGCCUCCAGACGGGGAAAUCGUUCAAGUGAUGGUGCCAGAGCCGACGAUGAGCGAGGAGGAGCUGAACGAGCCUGUGGCCGAGUCGCUCGCAGCCGCAGCGUGUCCACCUACCGCCUCGCCCCCUGCACCCUCUGCUCCCCUCCACCCAAUGGAAAACCAUGCAGCAGCUGAAGCUCUGUCUCCGAGUACGACCUCCCAGAGCAUAAGAAGAUCCUCCGAAGCGGGCAGUUUGGUCGAGGACAUCGGUGAAAUGAUCCUGCAGCUCCGGAGACAAGUGGAGAGCCUCUUCAGCAUUAAGUUUUCCGAAGCUCUGGGCCUUCCUGAACCAGCCAAGGUGCCGUACUCAAAGUUCCAGAUGUACCCAGAGGAUCUGUAUGUCACCGGGCUGCCGGAGGGAAUCUCUCUGCGCAGGCCAAACUGUUUCGGAGCGGCUAAAUUACGCAAGAUCCUGGGUGUGAGCAGUCACAUCCAGUUCGUCAUCAAAAGACCUGAGCUGUUAACUGAGCAAGUCAAACAAGAGAUGCCUUCCAUCCCCGUCUGUGAGCCAGAGCUGGACACCAAGGACGCAACACUGCUAACAGAGGACGCUGCAGCUCUAUCCAAGAGACCUGGAUUCUCAGUGCCGUCGGGUCUCUCGUCUCCAGAGUGCCUGGAGUCCAAGCUGUCCAGGAUCGACUUGGCCAACACGCUGCGAGAGCAGGUCCAGGAUCUGUUCAACAGGAAGUACGGCGAGGCAUUGGGCAUCAAGUACCCGGUCCAAGUGCCUUACAAGAGGAUCAAAAACAACCCCGACUCGGUCAUCAUCGAGGGCCUUCCACCCGGCAUCCCCUUCAGGAAGCCCUGCACCUUCGGCUCCCAGAACCUGGAGAGGAUCUUGGCGGUCGCUGACAAGAUCAAUUUCACCAUCACCAGACCGUUUCAAGGACUCAUUCCAAAACCAGCACCUCGACGCGUCACUUUACUAAAGAAAGCCUACGCCUCGAUUAGCGACGACGAUGACAUCAACCGCAUGGGGGAGAAAGUCGUCCUCCGAGAGCAAGUCAAAGAACUGUUCAACAAGAAAUACGGCGAGGCUCUGGGCUUAGACCGCUCCGUCGUGGUCCCGUACAAACUAAUCCGCGGCAGUCCAGAGUCUGUCGACGUCAGUGGCCUUCCAGACGACAUCCCCUUCAGAAACCCCAACACCUACGACAUCGUGUGCCUGGAGAAAAUCCUUCAAGCUGCCGACGACGUAACGUUCAACAUCAAGAGCCAGCUCCAACCGUUUGCAGAAAUCUGUAGCCAAGCUUGUAACACAGUAGGAACGAACGUCUCCACCAAUCGACGGAAGCGCAAGAGAGUCCAGGAGAGCAGCCGAGCACCCGUCUCCUCUGACCUGGGGAUAUCGACCAAUCAGAUUCCAGUGAUGCAGUGGCCCAUGUACAUGGUGGACUACAGCGGAGUGAAUGUGCAGGUUCCCGGGAAGGUCAACUACUGAAGGUCGUCAAACCUGGACUGCAGCUACGGGAUUAAAGGAGGAGGAGUCUGUCGGGACUCCCAUCACACGCAACACUAACACUUUUUAUCGGAGUGCUACGACUAAAACAAUCUCUCCAGACUGAGUGCAGAGAGCUGAAGGCUUGACGCUGUGAAUGACCAAGAAACAACAAAGAAUGUAUGUGGAUGAAAAUGUCGCAGGGCUAAAAAAAAAAAACAGAGCGGCUCGUUUUCUGUCUCCUGCCUCCUCACAGUGCCAGCAGGACAGCGAUCACUUUUUGAGUUUCCUGUUCGAGCUGAUAAACGGCAGUCAUAUUUGUUUUUUUGUUUUUUUUUAACCGAGCUGAAGUUAUCUGCCCUCGCAUUACUGAAAUGUCUAUCCACUGAGUCGUGUUGUUGGAUCCAGCACUUGGUUGAAAUGUAUUAACUGACUAAAAAAACAAAAAAAUGUCUUUGAUAACAAUCUGGUUCCAUAACAUUCAGAUAUUUGUACUUUUUAUUUAUUAUAUUUAUUGAAAUAUAACAUUACGUGCAGGGAUGUAAAAUACAUUAUUCUGUUUCACAGCUCCUCGAGGAGCCAUCACGACGCUAACACACACACGCUACCAGUCACUCGCUAACCGCGGGUUAGCCGCUGAUAUUAAACAGCGGCCAUGAAGUGUCUUCAUUUACAUGUCGGCUUUUUGUCCUCUGACGUCAUCGUGUGCAGGGUGGGAAGCUUUUUAAAAUCCUGUUUUAAUGCUGUCCAAGGGCUGGGCAAUAUGCAGAUGUGUCGAGAUAUUAGGGUGAGACAAUAUCGUUUUUAUCCACGUCGUUUGUUGAGUUAAAGUGACGCCUCUCUCUCUCUCUCUGAGCCAAACUCAAAACCCGCCUUCUUAACAAACUACACAGCUGUGUGUGUGAUGUAAUUAUUUAUUUUAUCAUAUUUAAGGAGCAUUUUCUAUGUAUUAUUAUUUUAUAUUUCACUAAUAGCUCGUUUAUUUUUAUGUCAUUUUUCAUGUGUGACGUUCGGCUCGUGUGGAUUUGACCGAGGACCGAAACUAUCAAGUAUCGCCAAUCAGUUAAAAAAAAAAUAUGGAGAUAUGAUUGUAGGUGCGUAUCGCUCAGUCCUUUGCUUCACUGCCGUGUUCCUGUUUGCAAAAUCUAAAACAAAGAAUCAUCGUAGUUUAAUUCAAAGCCUGAUCCAAAGGUAGCUGGACGGGUCGAUGCUCUUGAAGACGUUUCACCUCUCCUCCUCCGAAAGGAUUCUUCAGUUUUAAACUUUCCGGUCGGACGGAGUGAGAAACUUAAGCCUCUGUGGAUCGUUAGCAUGCUAAUGAUCAACGUUAGCUGAGUCAUUAACCUAGAGUCGUCACCACCCCCAGUCGUCUGUGAGUCGGAGUCGCAUCAUAGUUUAGCUAAUUCUCAACCGAUCAUGAACUGGGAAAGCUAACGUUAGCAUUGGACUAAUAGUUUGAUCAUUCAUUAGGUAGCGAUAGCGCCAGUCCAAACAGCUAACGUUAGCAUUGAACCCAUCCUAGGAUAACUUCUCGUUUAGCUCGCUAUCAUUAAUGCUAUGACUUCACACCUCUUCUACGCUAUCAUGUUUCACCAUGAGCAAACAUAAUGUGUUUCAGAGCUAACGUUAGCUGUCGGCAAUUUUACGCUGCGUUCCAUUGUACUCGAAACUCGGGGAAAGAAACGACCUCCGACUCGGGAAAAGUGCAAUGGGACGGCAAAUUCAAGUCGGAAUUCAAUAUCGGAAACGCGAGGCAACAUCCAUGUAGACCGAGUCGGUAGAGGUGAUGUCACAGCAAUAUGGCCGUCCCCAUGAAACAGGACUUGGAGAGGAUGUAACUGUCGUGAUGUGACGUAUUUCAAACUAAAAAGGGAUUGAACCAAUCACAAGAUAGAGGACGGGACAUAAUGUAUGUGGAUGAAUUUGAUUGGCUUGUUACCUUCGACAGAGCUUUUUAAAUCGGUCGAAAAAAUUAUUUAUAAAUGAAAAAAAUAAGUUUUUAAUUUAAACUCUUAAGCUGGUCCUUGCGCACAUCACUUAGCUGGCUAACGUUAUGAGUUUACGGGAAAUUGUAGAAAGCUUAACAUAACAGCCAUGCAUUGUAUCGUAAUUUACUAGCUAACGGUACUUUGCAAGCUAGCGUUACUAUUGGCAACGAGUUUUCCUAGCUGUUAUAACUGUCGAGCGGUAAUGCUAGCUUCUAAGUGCUUGAAAACUUGCGUUAGCUGAAACCAAUUGUAGCUUUCAAACAUUCCUUACGUACAGCUAGCUUAUUACCGUUAGCUACAUGUAGCUUAACUUUUAAUACAAAUUGCAAACCUGUUGCACACGCGGUAAAACAGCAUUUCAGCUUCCCACCUCGAGCGUGACGCAAAAGGAAAUUAGCCGCUGAGUGAAAAUGGCGGAUUGGGUUUUGUGGCAACGUGCAAGCCAUCGGAAAUUAAAGUGAAAACUGAACUGUCUGCAGUAAUCACAAGACCUUCAGCAAACGGCCUCUUCUAUGUUAGCACCACAGAAACGACGUGUAAAAUAUCUCAUUAAAAGUCAGCCUGAAUGUAACAUGUAAAGGAAAGAAUGGUAUGUUAUUCUGCGAUGACUGUCUCUGGACUAACGAUAUUUAAUAUGCUGUACCUUAACGCCAAUUAGGCCUUUGAAAUAAAAUGUGUUGCCUUGCACUUUCA